UCAUACUUCCCAUACUACGGUUGGAAUCUGCAGCCCAGUGCGUGCCGGUGGGACGCGAGCCCGGCCUUGCAUCAGUUGAUAACCCACAGUACCACAACAGAAGGAGGGAGUGAGAGAGAUAGGGAGCGGCGAUCAGCGGAGGCGAGACAGGUAGCUGGCUAGCUAGCUGAGAAAGUGAGUGAUAAUAAAAUUAGGCAGUCAGCCUGGGAAGAAGCGUGGUUCAGAGAAGACUUUGAGAGAUGGCUGAGGUGAGCGAGGUUUUGAUGUCGGUUCUGUCCACGAUUCGGGUUCCGAGGCCCGGAGACCGUGUCCACAAAGACGAGUGCGCCUUCUCCUUUGCAAGUCCGGUGGAGGAGGGCGGUCUGUAUGUGUGUAUGAACAGUUUUCUGGGCUUUGGGAGUCAGUAUGUGGAGAGACACCACAACAAGACUGGCCAGAGAGCAUACCUGCACAUCAAAUGCACCCGUAAAGCACAGAAAGGUGAUGACAGCAAUGACCAACCGAAGAAGAAGCCCACGCGAAUGGCUAUUGGGGUAGAAGGAGGGUUUGACGUAGAGCAGGAGGAGUACGAGGAGGAAGUAAAGGUGGUAAUCUUCCCCGACAGACAGGAAGUGACAUCGGAGGACCUGGCCACAAUGCCUGACGUCGUGAGAGAGCGGGUGUCCAUGUCGAUGGCGGGGCUGAUGGCGGCAGACUCGGUGAGCCACGCCCUGCAGGUGCAGCAGUGGGACGGCGAGGUUCGGCAGGAGUCCCGCCAUGCCGCAGAGCUGAACCAGCUCGACAACGGGGUGAAGAUCCCCCCCAGUGGGUGGAAGUGUGAGGUGUGCGGACUGGAGGAAAACCUGUGGAUGAACCUCACGGACGGGAAGGUGCUCUGUGGCCGCAGGUAUUUCGAUGGCUCCGGGGGCAACAACCACGCCCUCCAGCACUUCCAGCAGACUGGAUACCCCCUGGCUGUCAAACUGGGAACCAUCACCCCUGACGGGGCAGACGUGUACUCCUAUGAUGAGGAUGACAUGGUGCUGGACUCCAAGCUGCCCGAACACCUGGCUCAUUUUGGCAUUGACAUGAUGACCAUGGAGAAGACGGAGCGCACGAUGACAGAGCUGGAGAUCGCAGCCAACCAGCGCAUAGGGGAGUGGGAGGUGAUCCAGGAGUCGGGGGCCACCCUGCAGCCCUUGACGGGCCCCGGCUUCACCGGGAUGAGGAACCUGGGAAACAGCUGCUACCUCAACUCGGUCAUGCAAGUGCUCUUCACCGUGCCGGACUUCGAGAGCAAGUACGUCUCCAACGUCGAAAAGAUUUUCAGUGAGGCUCCAAGUGACCCCACACAGGACUUCAAAACGCAAGUGGCAAAGCUGGGCUACGGUUUAUUGUCAGGAGACUAUUCCAAACUUACGUCUGACCCUGCAGAUGACGAGGAGACCCCAGGGCCCGGGGGUGACCAGGUCGGCAUAGCACCACGCAUGUUCAAAGCCCUGGUUGGACGAGGACACCCAGAGUUCUCCACCAAUCGGCAGCAGGACGCCCAGGAGUUCUUCCUGCACUUCAUUAACAUGGUUGAGCGUAACUGCCGUUCUGGGCAGAACCCCUCCGAGGCCUUCCGCUUCCUGGUGGAGGAGAGGAUUGUGUGCGAGCAAUCCAAUAAAGUCAAGUACACACAGAGGGUUGACUACAUUGUACAGCUACCUGUGCCACUGGACCAAGCCAUGAAUGCAGAGGAGCUGCAGGAGGCGGAGCAUCAGCGCGAGGAGGCGGAGUCAGCAGGUGCACCUGUACCUCCGACCCCACGAGCCUGCAUUCCCUUCUCCGCCUGUCUGGAGGCUCUUAGUGAACCGGAGACUCUUACAGACUUCUGGAGCUCGGCUGUACAGGGCAAAACCACCGCCAGCAAGACGACCCGCUUUGCCUCGUUCCCCGAUUACCUCGUCAUCCAGAUCAAGAAGUUCACCUUCGGACAGGACUGGGUUCCUAAGAAACUUGACGUGAGCAUCGACGUUCCCGACACGCUGGACCUGAGCUCCCUCCGCGGGACGGGCCUGCAGCCGGGAGAGGAAGAGCUUCCCGAGGUGGCCCCGCCCCCUCUCAUGACCCCCGAUGUGGAGGUCAAAGGUAUCCUGGGUUUCCACGGCACCGAGGAGGACGACUCACUCUACUCCCCGCUAUUGUCCCCUGUGCUGGACGACUCCACAGUGUCCCAGCUGUCCGAGAUGGGCUUCCCUAUUGAAGCCUGCAGAAAGGCGGUCUACUGUACUGGCAACACUGGGAUCGAUGCUGCCAUGAACUGGGUGAUGGGUCACAUGGAUGACCCAGAUUUCUCCGCCCCCAUGGUACUGCCAGGCUGUGGCUCCGCUCCAGGGACCACGCCCACGGAAACGAUAUCCGAAGAGCACUUAGCAACCAUCGUCUCCAUGGGCUUUAGCCGAGAUCAGGCCACACGAGCGCUGCGGGCGACUAGUAAUGUUCUGGAGCGGGCUGUGGACUGGAUCUUCUCCCACCUGGACGACCUGGAGUCGAUGGAGGUGUCAGAGGGGGGGCGCUCGGCCGCGGAGAGCGAGGGGAGAGAGCCCCCCCCAGGACCGCGCGUGAGGGACGGAGAAGGAAAGUAUGAGCUGUUUGCCUUCAUCAGCCACAUGGGAACUAGUACAAUGUGUGGUCACUACGUCUGCCACAUCAAGAAAGAUCAACAGUGGGUCAUCUUCAACGAUCAGAAGGUGUGUGCCUCAGAGAAACCCCCGAAGGACCUGGGAUACCUGUACUUCUACAAGAGGUUGACAGAGUGAGGACGGGGGUAGUACAGGAGUGUGGAUGAGUGAGAGAGGGGGUCAGGUUACAAGGGUGUGACAGUGUGGAGGGGAACAGGUUACAGGAGACUGGUUGAGUGAGAGGGGGGGUACCAGUACCUUUACUGAACUGUGACUGAAUGAGACGAGGGGAGGGGUUACAGGAGAGUGAUAGUUCGAGGGGGAGGGGUUACAGAGAGUGACAGUUUGUGGGGGCGUGGUUACAGAGAGUGACAGUUUGUGGGGGUGGGGUUACAGGUGCAUGACACUGUAUGCAUAAGGGCAUGGGUUUAUAGGAGUGACUUUAUGAGGUGUGGGCUUGUUACAGGAGAGUGGUCAUGUUGGGGGGGGGGGGGGCAGGUUACGGUAGAGUGACAGUAUUGAAGGGCAGGUUACAGGAGAAUGGCUUUAUAAGAUGUGGUCAGGCUAGGAGAAUAAUGACGUUGAGGUGGCGAUGUUACAGGAGAGGGACUCUGAGAAGGGGGAUGGGGUUUGAGGCAGUACUUUUACAGGGGAGUAACUGAGAGGGAUGGAGAGCAAAUAAACACAUUGUGCACUGCUGAGCAUGACCGACACACACCUUGGGCUCACAAAGGAAAAGGUGAAAGGGAAGGGACUCGGGGCACGACUCGCAUAUGCAGAGAGAAGUGAGAGGAAGCCAGAACGGAGAGAGCAAGGUGUCCACGCAGGCAGUCUUGGGGAGAAGAAAGCCGGUACUCACUCGCUCACACACCUCUCUCCUGUCUCCCUGUCUCGCUUUCUGGAACAUUCCCGGCCCCCCUCCCCUAGCUCAUCGCCACUCCAAGCUCAUGCCACUACUUUUGGCGAAGCAGCUUCUGUGAUGUCACUGGCUGCUUUAGCCACUCCUGCUCUUCCCCCUACUUGUUCUAAUACACCACAGACAAAAAAAAAAUGUUACACUGAUGAAAUGCAAUGUAAUGUGUAAAAAAUGUACAAACUAAAUGUUCCGCUUCUUCGAGCACUGAAGUGAGGGGGUGUGGGGGGGGGGCACACCCGUAAAGGUCGUGGUCCAAAACGGGCCUCUUUGUUCCUUCUUCAGCUUUGACGAAUA